AUGGAUGUUUCCUUCUCCAGAGAUGAGAAGGGUCAAGUCAUCUGGUAUGCUGCAAAGGUUUAUCCCAAACUGCUAUCUAGUCUUGAGGUAGAGGCUGCAGCAAUGGUGUGGACAAUGAAUUGUGUAGACAAUCUUGGUUUCAGAGAGGCGAUCUUUGAGAGUGACAACAAGUCCCUCAUCCAAGCUAUCUACAAACUAAAGGACUGGCCACCUAUACCAUAG